CCACCGCUUACCCCGUUCGAUCAUGUCGAUCCCGCAUCGCGUGCGCUCAGCCAUCCAGACCCCCGGGCCUUUCUAGCCAAUGCCACUAGCAUCGUCCAAUUGACCCCCCACUUGGGCGAGGAAGUGCGCGGCGUCAAUCUUGCGACGCUUGAUAACGAUGGGAGGGAUCAGCUCGCAUUGGAGGUCGCCAGACGCGGCCUAGUUGUCUUCCGUGACCAGCAAGACUUCAUCGACCGCGGGCCCGACUUCUAUCUCGAGUGGGGCAGGCACUUCGGCCGCUUGCAUAUUCACCCUACGUCUGGGCACCCUGACGGCUACCCUGAGGUCCACCUCGUGUACCGUGAUGCCAACGCUACGUACAACUUCGAGCGCGAGAACCGACUGACGUCUACCACCUGGCACUCAGACGUGUCUUACGAGCUCCAGCCUCCGGGUCUGACGACAUUCUUCCUGGUCUCUGCACCUGAGACAGGAGGCGACACUGCGUUCACUUCGCAGAUCGCUGCGCUCAAGCGGUUGUCCCCGCAGUUUGUUGCCUUCCUGCGAACGCUUAAGGCCGUGCACUCGGGUUUCGAGCAGGCCCAGUACUCAAGGGCUGGGAACAGGGGCGGCGUCGUCAGGCGUGAACCUGUUGAGAAUGUCCACCCUGUUAUCAGACGUCACCCAAUCACUGGCGAGGAUGCUAUUUACGUCAACAGACAGUUCACUCGUCGUAUUGUUGGCCUGAAGAAGGAAGAGUCUGAUGCGAUCUUGAACCUCCUGUAUGACCACGUCGACAAGAGUGCUGAUAUCCAGGCCCGCGUCAAGUGGCAGCCAUACACCGUCGUUCUGUGGGACAACAGGAUCACCGCGCAUUCCGCGAUUGUUGACUUUGCCGGCACGGGCGAACGUCGACAUGGUGCCCGUAUUACCCCACAGGCUGAACGUCCCAUACCCGCC